GAUGCAGGUAAACAACUUCAAGUCACCAACCCAACCCAACUCAACACAAACUUACGACGUCGCCUCUACUUGUUUUUACUCUUGUCUUCACAACAAAAGCAACGUCGCCUGUUUUGAUCAACAUCUCCUUCUUUUUUGUGUCCAUCAUGUAUCGAUUCUUCAACGCCAACGGUGAAUCCACCAUGCCGCGCCGUUUCUUGGGUGUCCUCCCUCCUCUCUCCAUACCUAAGAAGCGAAAAGCGAAAGUUCUUGGAAAGCCUUCACGGCUUCUUGCUUGCCCCGUCGAAGUUCAACUCAACAUCUUGGACUUUCUAUCAAAGGAAGACCUGGUGGCCUUGUCGCUUGUCAACAAGCAUCUCGCCAAUAUCGUCCAGCCGGUUCUUCACAGGGAAGUCGAUGUCAGUUGUCCUACCGGCGGUACUACCGGCGACCCUACCCCACUGAUCCUCGUCGUACGAACUCUUCUCGACCGGCCUGACCUGGCCCAGGCGGUUCAGCAUCUGCGUUUUGAUGGCUAUGACUUUCCCGCAAGAAAGGUUGAUGAAAUCCCCAUCACGCCUAUCACAUGCCUCAAACGAACAGACAUGAUAAAGGCACUCAAGGUGAUCCAUGGUUCGCGUCUCAACGACGCAAUUGGCUGGGCCAAUUGUUUCCUGGGGGGUCAGGUUGAUUCUAUUGUCGCCCUGCUGGUGGCUCUUACGCCCAAAGUCAGAAGUAUUUAUCUCGGCGAGGACUUCUCUGUUGAGAUUUACUACCUCCGAUUGCUAUUCGACCCUGAGCGCCGUAUUACUUCAAGAAACAGCAGCUUCCACAAGUUCGAGCAUCUCCGCCAUGUUACUGUCAACAACUACGCCGCGACCUAUUACCAUAGACGCCUUAAGCUCACCAACGUCUUCCAGAGUUUCUUUCAUCUUCAUAUGCUUGAGAAGCUUUUCAUUUCAGGCAGCUUCCCCGAAGAUUCACGACCGGUAGUGGCCAGCACGAAGAUGAACAAUCUUAGAUGUCUGGAUCUAAAGAGGAUUGAUGAAGCGGAGCUUGAGCAAAUUCUUUCCCUUGCGCCCAAUCUCACAGGCUUGAAAUAUACCUACGCCUGGCAUUCAAAGGCAAGCGAUCUCUCUAAUCGAACCCUGACACUGGAUAUGAGCACGCUGCGAGAUUCUCUGGAAGGUCACCGACUCAAACUCGAAAGGCUGGAGCUCCUCGCUGUUGACGACCCUGGGGUCUUGAAGCGAGAUACGCUCUGGCCUUUGGCUAUCCAAGGUCCCCCCCUCAAACUGCACGCCUUCUCUAAUCUUCGCAUACUUCUUGUUCCAUGGAUCUUCAUCACUGGCCCGUCCAAGGGGGCGCACGUUUCACCACUGCGCUACGUAAUCCCGGAAUCAGUCGUGCUGCUAAGUUUGGCAGACGAUCUGCACAGACAGCCGUACUGGGGUUGGAAGGGCGAGGACAUCAAGCAGAUGGUGGCUGACUAUCUGCACUAUGUGAAGGAGGCGGAAACUGCCCUUGGUGCGAUGUACAUGGUCGGCCCAUUAUUUACGGACCUCUGGACAGAUGAAGAGUACUUUUCAGCAAGAAUGCUUGCUCUUUCUGCCGAUGUCAAUUUUAGGGCAGUCAAGAUGACUAUAUCUGAGAAUGAUGAGUGCCGUGAGAUGAAGGAGCGCUAUCGUCGCUAUGGGAAGUGCCGGAGAGGGGCACAAAAUGAGAUGAAUUGGAUGAGGGUGUGAGCUUGGCAAUGGAGGCUCUCGAGAAUGGG